AUGGGUUUAAAGUCUGUGUUGUAUGCCAAGAUAGAAAUGAAGGCUAACAAGGAUGUGUUUUAUGAUGUCUUUACAAAUAAGCCACACCUUAUCUCUACUAUGUGCCCUUUGCAUGUACAAGGUUUUGAACUUCUUGAUGGUGUCAUUGGAACAGUUGGAUCCAAAAUUUGUUGGAUGUAUACCUUUGAAGGAAAAAAGAAGAUCUCCAAGCAGAUAAUUGAAACUAUAGAUCAUGAAAAAAAGGUGCUCACAUUCAAAGAAUUUGAAGGAGAUGUAGUGGAUAUAUAUGAUAAUUUUAAGUCAACUCUUCAUAUCGAAACAAAAGGCGAAAUCGAUUUGAUAAGCUGGACAAUGGAGUAUGAAAGGCCAAAUGAGAAUGUCCCUGAACUAGUAAAUUUGUUAGACUUCAUUGUUGGUAUGACCAAAGCUGUUGAUGAUCACCUUGUUAAGAUGAAUUGAUGGGAUAAUCUUAUAUGCAUGCAUGUGAGCUUUACAUAAAUGCCUCAUGCAUGCUUUGUUUGUUGUUUGAGAGUAUGGUGAAAAAUAAUCCAUGUUGGUUGUGUACUUUUUAUUUGGUUUUUAUCUUUGAUGUUUGUUGUGUCUUUCUCAUGUAACCUUUGUGUUGUGGAAUAAAACAUGGAUAUGAAGUUUAUAUA